AUGUCCGCCACUCUCAUAGCGACUCCCGCUGACUACUGUCAAAAGAAUGGCUCUGGUCUGCGAGGCCGUCGUUGGAGUGUCAACCCUCCUCUGCCUCAAAAUCCUUUUGGUAUCGGUCGUGCUGCAGAGAGUGACGCGCAGAACGAGUCUGCGAUUGAGGAAGACGAAUCUCUACCGCCCAACGAGGCCGCUGCAACAACGAGCACACCGACCCUACCGUCGCCUCUUUCUAACGUGUACAUGUCGUGUUACUCCACCAAUAUUUAUAUUCCUCGACAUCAAGACGUUGGAGCUUUGGGCAGUCCGACGCCAUCCGGAUCUUCCACUCCUUUUUUACCUACUCCGGCUAGUGAAUUUCCACCCAGCACCCCCGUUGACCGUAGCGGCUCCAUUAUUCAGUUGAUAGGAGGGGAACCUAUCGCCAGCCCACCGCCAAGCCUCGAACGUGUUAAGCGCCGGCUAGCAAGUGCCUACUUUAUCCUCUUCCUCUGUGGAUGGGGUGAUGGAGUUACUGGAACCGUGUUACCCUACCUGAAAGCCCACUUUCAAAUGUCAGAUCUAUUGACUUCCGGUCUGUUCUGUGGAGGGACCAUCGGAUUUUUCCUCGGGACGUUCAUCGUGGAACCUGUAAUGCAUGCCCUCGGAUUAUACCAUCUUGGUGGCCCUGCAAACCGCUCUCUAUUUCCUGCCUGGCUGACACACAAGAGACGUCGAUCGUCCGACGACACCGAGGCUUUUUCAGCCUCUCAAUCACGAUACCUCACACUCGUCCUCGCAUCAGUAGUACAUUCCAGCUUCUUUGUGUUAAUGGGCAUCAGACAAGGAUUCGGAGCUAUGUUUGUGGCUUAUGCUAUCGCUGCAUUGGCCAGAGCUUUUCUGACUGCGUCUCUGUAA